AUGUGGCCAACCAGACCUCCCAGGGAGACGGAAUACCCGUCCACGAGCUGGAUGACGAAGAGUACAACCAACUCUUCGACCACAAGGCAUUCAUCCAUGAUAAGUCCAGGAGCCACUCGUGUCAGUUCAGGUUUAUGGUUCGGUUUCCGCAGAAUGCCAUGCCAUGCGAAGGAACCGCUGGGACAAACAACUGCUGGAGGUUUUGGUGCUGGAGGGCGACGUCGGACACCAUAUUUGCAAGCUCUGAUAUGUGAGGGUGAACUCGGCGAGCUCUGA